AUUGUGCAUGCACUGUGUCAGUGGUCUUGCUUCUCGUCCAAUCGUGUGUGUCCUCCUCAGUCUGCACACAGCUCUCUCAUCCACCCGACAUCCAAACAGCAGAGCAGAGCGGAGCAGAGCAGAGCAGAGCAGAGCAGAGCGGAGGCUGGCACCGCCGGAGCACCACCACCACCAGCAGCACCAACAGCACCGGAACGACCCUUUGUGCUUCACCGACUGACGCGCAUCCUUCUGAGAGAAACCACCAUCAUCACAUCCAGAGGAAAACGCUGCGUGAAGCACAAUGGGACCGUUCCAAGAAUAUGAGAUGUUGCUUCGAACAGGAAAAGAAGACACCUGAGAAAGGAAGUCCCCGCAGCCGCAUCCCACGUUUGGUCCUCCAUCCCUUCCGGCCAAAGGACAAAGGUUCGCCUCUGUCUGACUCACCUUUUUCAGAGGAGGAGGGGAAGGAGUGUGACGUCAGCUCAGACCACUCCAAAAGGACCAUCAGCACCAACAGCUAUUGCUCUGAUGACACCGGCUGCCCCACUAGUCAGUCUGUGUCCCCCUCCAAAACCCCGUCAGGCUCAGAGCAGAGUGCCCACGGCUCACCGAUACUCCCCGAGCGCAAGGCCAAAGUGAAGAGGGUGAGGGUGAUGGCCGAGUGGAGCGGCGAACCACGGAGCGCCCCGAGGCACAAGAGGGAGCUGAGGUCGGCCAUGAAAGCCAGAGGUAGCGAGGCUGACUUCAGCUCCUCCAGCAGCUCAAGCAGCCUAAAGACCAGGGAGAGCCUCGCCUCCAUUUCAGCUGGAAAGAGAGCUCCUUCACGCAGUCGCGGCUCCCACAUCAGACCGGUCCCAGUGUUCAAACCGGCUGGGAGCCCUACAGCCAACCGCGAUGCAGAGCUCUACGCUCCCUACAGGACUCCUCCAAGAGUUGAAUCCUCAACCAACAGCAGCAGCUGCAACUCCAGCCCCACCUCCAGAAGAGCGAGCCUGGGCCGCUACCACUCCUGCGGAGACAAUCAUGGCAUCAGACCCCCGAACCCAGAGCAGUAUCUCACCCCCCUACAGCAGAAGGAAGUGGCCAUCAGACACCUGAAGACCAAACUGAUGGAGUCUGAGAACACCGUCCAUGACAGAGAGACAGAGGUUGAGGAGCUUAAGGCCCAGCUCGGCAGAAUGAGGGAAGACUGGAUUGAAGAGGAGUGUCACCGGGUGGAGGCUCAGCUGUCCCUCAAAGAGGCUCGCAAAGAAAUCAAGCAGCUGCGUCAGGUGGUGGAAACGAUGAAGAGCAGCCUAAUGGAGAAGGAUAAGGGAAUACAGAAGUAUUUCAUCGACAUCAACAUCCAAAACAGGAAGUUGGAGUCCCUGCUGCAAAGCAUGGAGCUUGCCCAGAGCGGCACCAACCUCCAAGACGAAAACACCCUGGACUUCAUGUGUGACAGCCCCAAUAACGGUGAGAAGAAGAUGGUGGGGGAGGAAGAGGGUGGGAUGGAGCUGGGAACCCAAGGGGCUGAGGCGAUGGCGGACAGCGGGCUGCUGGUAAACGAUGAGAUGGCCAACAGAGCGGACAUUUUGGAGCAGGUCUUCAUGUCCACUGUGAUGGAUUUUAGUCAGGACUGUAGUGGCAAGCUGACAGAGCCUGGGCCUGGGGUGUCUGCGCUGACAGAUGAGGAACGGUUGAUUGAUGAAUCUACUGCACCCCCACCAGCUCUACCAAACACAGUUUCCACCACCAUCACCAUCUCCUCCCAGCAGAACACAGAAGAUAAAGGAAUCCAGACCGACAUACUGCCCAUGUCUCCAGACCUGCAGACUCUGCUCCUCCAGCUGCUCAAGUUCCAGGGGGCAACGGCGGGGGAAACAGCACUGUCAGCCUCCAGCAGUCUUCUGGGUCUCCCAAACCUGCCCACCUCCACUUCUACCACUACCAAUCUCCCUGACCCAACACCUGCCCCACCCAGCAUGCCCAGCCCCGCUGCCCCCGAGAGCCCCGACACCUCCACCAAUUCCGGCAUGUGCUGCUCGGAACCCGCAGAGAGCCGACGGUUCAUGGAGGAGCUGGAUUUUAGUGUCGGCGAGGACGAACCUCGUCGGUCAACGGGACUGGAUGUGGUCGGCAAGCGCUACUGGAGCAACAGCUUCCUGGUGGAUCUGGUCGCAGUGGCAGCCCCUGUGCUGCCCACGGUGGCCUGGCUAUACUCACGACACGGUGUGGACGGAAGCGCUCCGGUGUACAACAUUGCUGCACUCAUCAGGGGCUGUUGCAUCAUGGGAUUGCACUCUCUUCGUCACGUCACUCACAGGCCGGAUGCGUAAAGGCUUCCACCUGCAUGCACACGCCUAACCUUGAACUAAAAGCACUUAAGCAUCUUUUCAAAAAGUAUUUGUGAGAUUUGUUGCGUAUUUGUUGAACACUCGAUAUCAAUGCAGUUAUUUUGGUUCCAACACUGUUACUUUGCACUGUACAGUUACCAUGAGGUUGAAACUAAAUGGUGACAUGAGAGGGAUUAUUUAUAAAGUGGGUUAUUUAUGUAUUAAUUUAUCAUUUACAUGUAUAAACUGAUCAUCUGGGUAGAUGGUUGUGUUAUCAUCGUCCUGUGGUGUCCCUAGUUGUCCUUGUGUUUAAAAAAAAAAAAAAAAUCUUUAUGUUAGGAUGAGAGUUUUAGGAGGUGAAAGAUUGAAUGUUAAGUUUCUGUUUGAUGGGUUUGAAAAUUCAACUGUUUUGAGUUAUUGUUCAAGAAGAGACCUUCAGCCAAAGCUUUAAUGUGAGUUCACUGUUAUUGUUUUGUGAAAAAGUAUAUAUAUUUUUUUUCCUCCCUGGGAGUAGAGCUUUAUUCGGUACAGCCUGUGUAUUGUUCAUAGAAAUAAGUUGAUGCUUCAAAGCAAUUGACACUUGUUAUGUGCCUGAGCUAUGUGCAAUACCAGUGGUUUACAUCAAAUGUCCUUGUAUCUUUAUUAUUAAAGCAUGAUAAAAUUCUA